UCAUCCACUGUGCUUCAGAAGUUCCUGGAAGAAGAUCUGAGUGUAGAAAUCCCUCAAACUCUGACUGAAAUGUACAUCCACUUCCUGCUGAUUCAGAUCAACAUGAGGAACCAGAAGUAUGAAGAGAGCGAUCCAGAGAAACUCCAGCAGUCCAACAGAGAAGUGAUUGUGAAACUUGCUGAAGUGGCUUUCAAACAGCUGAUGAAGAGCAAUGUGAUGUUCUAUGAGGAAGACCUGAUUGAGAGCGGCAUAGAUGUCACUGACGCCUCAGUGUAUUCUGGGAUAAGCACUGAGAUCUUUAAGGAGGAAUCUGUGAUUCAUCAGAGGAAAGUCUACAGCUUCAUUCAUCUGAGCUUUCAGGAGUUUCUUGCUGCUUUCUAUGUGUUUUACUUUCACAUAAGCAGCACAGCAGAAGCAUGUUUAGAUUCACUGCAUAAUUUACAUAAAAGAGCAGUAGAUAAAGCCCUUGAAAAUGAGAAUGGACAGCUGGAUCCGUUCCUGCGGUUCCUGUUGGGCAUCUCACUGGAGUCCAAUCAGAGACUCUUGCAGGAUCUACUGACACACACAGAGAACAGCUCAGAGAGCAUCAGGAGAACAACACAGUACAUUAAAGAGAAGAUCAAAGAUGGACAUGAACUCUCCACUGAUAGAUCCAUCAAUCUGUUCCUCUGUCUGCUGGAAGUGAAAGAUCAGACUCUGUCCAGAGAGAUUCAGGAGUUUGUGAAAUCAGACAAACACUCAGAGAAGAAACUCUCUCCUGCUCACUGCUCAACAAUCGCCUACAUUCUUCAGAUGUUAGAGGAGCCGCUGGAUAGCUGGACCUCAAGAAAUUCAACACAUCAGAUGAGGGGAGAAGAAGACUGAUACCAGCUGUGAUCAACUGCAGAAAAGCCCUUACUGCUUGUUGUAACGUGACUUCUCAGGAUUGUGAUAUUAUAUCAUCAGCUCUACAAUCCUCAAACUCUGUCCUGAGAGAGCUGUCUCAGUAACAAUGACCUGCAGGACUCAGGAGUGAAGUUACUAUCUGAUGCACUGAAGAGUUCAAACUGUCAGCUGCAGAUACU